AUGAAACAAAUAUCCAACAAAAUUUCUUUAAAUAAAAAUAAAUUGAGCAAUGUGACUGAGGUCACAGAGUUCAUACUUACAGGCUUCACAAAUAAUAAGAACCUGCAACUGUUACUAUUUCUUUUAUUUCUUGCAAUUUACAUUUUUACUUUGAUAGGUAACUUGGGAUUGGUUUUGCUGGUAAUUGGAAAUCUGAGACUCCAUAACCCCAUGUACUAUUUUCUAAGUGUUUUAUCAUUAUUAGAUGCCUGUUAUUCAACAGUUGUCACACCAAAGAUGCUGAUCAAUUUCCUUUCAAAAGAUAAAUCCAUCUCCUAUCCUGGGUGUGUAACACAGAUGUUCCUCUUUGUUGCUUUCGGGAACACAGAAUGCUUUCUCUUGGCAGCAAUGGCUUACGACUGCUAUGUAGCCAUUUACAACCCACUUCUCUAUGCAGUAAGCAUGUCACCUAGAGUUUACCUGCCACUCAUCAUUGUAUCCUAUGUUGGGGGAAUUAUAAAUGGUUCUGUCCACACAGGAGCCACUUUCAGUCUAUCCUUUUGUGGAUCCAAUGAAAUUAGACAUGUCUUCUGUGAUGUUCCUCCUCUCCUGGCUAUUUCUUGUUCUGACACCCACAUCAAUCAGCUUCUUCUCUUCUACUAUGUAGGGACUGUUGAGAUCAUCACUAUUCUGAUCGCUCUUGUUUCCUAUGGCUUCAUUCUCUUUGCCAUUCUCAUGAUGAAGUCUGCUGAAGGGAGGAGCAAAGUUUUCUCCACAUGUGGAGCUCACCUCACUGGAGUGUCCAUCUAUCACGGUACCAUCAUAUUCAUGUAUGUGAGACCCAGUUCCAACUAUGUCUUGGAGCAUGACAUGAUUGUAUCCAUAUUUUAUAUCAUUAUUAUUCCUAUGCUCAAUCCCAUCAUCUAUAGUCUGAGAAACAAAGACGUAAAGACUGCAAUGAAAAAAUUCUUUGAGAAAAAUAUUUUAUGA